CCGGAAUAUGGAAGGUGGUAGAAUCAGUGAGAACCAAUGGCUGGGAAUAGAUUCCUCUUCUUCUUCUUCUUCUUCUUGAGCUUGCUGUCCUUCUCUGCAAUAUCUGAAGCUUCCAAAUGCUCAGUUCAAGAGUUUCCUGUGGUAAGGAAUAUCAGUGAGCUUCCGCAGAAUAACUAUGGAAGGGGAGGGUUGGCACACACUACUGUUGCAGGGUCACUCUUGCAUGGCUUGAAAGAGGUUGAGGUUUGGCUACAAACAUUUUCUCCAGGGUCAGGCACACCGAUACACAGGCAUUCUUGUGAAGAAGUGUUUGUUGUCCUAAAGGGUAGUGGAACUGUGUACCUAGCACCAAGCUCACACGAGAAGUACCCUGGAAAACCAGAAGAGUUCUUCAUCUUUGCAAAUAGCACAUUUCACGUCCCUGUUAACGAUGUUCACCAGGUGCAAAAUACAAAUGAGCACGAGGAUUUGCAGGUGCUUGUUGUCAUAUCUCGUCCACCCGUUAAAGUGUUCAUGUAUGAAAACUGGUCAAUGCCUCACACUGCAGCGAAACUAAAGUUCCCCUUCUUUUGGGACGAAGAAUGCCUUGAACUGGAACCACCUCCAAAGGAUGAGCUGUGAUACCUGAGACCUUGUGUACAAUUGUUGGAAAGCAACCACUAUGGAAAUCUUUGACAGGAAUGAGUACAAAAGUUUUGCAGAUUUUCAAGUUUUUGGAUAUUGUGACAAAUGCAGAUAGUUUCUGAAUGAUAUGCUGAUCUCAACUUCAACAAUUCAUAACAUCAUGUUACUGCAUUUAAAAUUGUAUUAGAUGCAAUGAUCAAAAGUUAUCUCAUGGUUCCAGUUGUAGCAAA